AUGAGUGUUAGUGGUAAUCCAUAUAAAUUGGUUGCAUUAGGAAAAAUUGAUUCUGGUAAAACUUCAAUCUUAAUCCGAUUCUUCUCUGGACAUUUUUUUAAAAUGUAUGACCCAGGUAUUGAAGAUGAGUAUCGAACGGUAAUGAAAGUUGAUGAUAUUUCUAUUAUAAUAGAUGUUGCUGAUCCGUGUAGUGGAGAUGAGUUUUCUAUAUUGAGAGACUUAUACAUAAAGCAGAGCGAUGGGUUUAUAUUAAUAUAUUCUAUUACAUCAAAAGAAUCAUUUGAAGAAAUGAAAGGAAUUUAUGAAGAGAUUUAUCGAGUUAAAGACAAAGAUGAGAAUGAAGUAAUUCCAAUUAUUAUAGUUGGAAAUAAAUGUGACUUAGAAAAUGAAAGACAGGUAACGAAAGAAGACGGUAUAGAAUAUGCAGAUAGUGUCAAAUGUCCAUUUCUUGAAUGCAGUGCUAAAACAAAUGAAAACAUUAAUCAAAUCUUUGAUAUAAUAACAAGAAAUGUAGUUGAAUAUAAAUAUUCUAUAGAAGAAGAAAUCUGGACAAUAGAAAAACCUAAAAAGGAGAAAGGGUGUUGUUUAUUUUGA